AUGUCGGCAAAUCCUCCGGUCUACAAUCACCGGCCAAUGCAGCCCAGCGGCGUGCGCGUGAACCCCCCACCGGGUGCUGGGCCUUCAAACGCCCCCUUCUCCCUCAAUGAUUCCCUCGAUGCCAUCAGAAACGGCUACGAAUCCCUGCAGACCGAGCUGAACAGUAUACGCAGCCAACGCGACGAGCUGGAGAUGAAGUUGGAGGCGCAGGUGGACGAACUCGCCAACGUCCGCCGGUCGCUCUUCGAGCUCGAGCGCUCACAGUCCCGCGUCCGCCUCGAAUACGAGGACGAGAUUACCCGUCUCCGCGCGGAGGUGAUGGCCGCGCGCUCCCUGGGUGUCCCUCAAGGGAUCCCCGGGCACAGUCCAAGGGCCCUCGGCGGCCCCGGUGGUGGCUCACCACACGCCUUCCACUCCGCAUCGACCUCGACCUCCAUGGCAGACGCCCACCAGCAACACCAGCAGCGGAAUUACAGCACCCGAACAACGACGACGACGCGAGACCGAGACCGUUUGCCUGUUGGCCGCGAGAGUAGCUUGUCCAGCCUGGAUCGUGAUGGGAGGCCGAAGCUUGUUGGGGCUGGGGGCCCGAGGGAGGACGGUGGGCUGCUGCUGCAACAGCAGCUCGACUCUGACCGAGACACGGACCGACUCUCGGAUCGGCGCGACCCAAAACGACACAAGGCACGAGGGGAACCGCUGGAUUCGUACCCAUCACCGAUAGGCCACCACCCUGGUCUGGGUCCGUCGGUAAAGCCGCUCGCGUCCCAGCAGCAGCAGCAGCAGCCGGCGUUCAGCAACCCGUCGGGGAUCCAUCGAGUGGCCUCUGGACCGUCGGCGCACGCGCUUCCGCCAAUGAACGCCAACGCGCCUGGCCCAGACAUCGACGAGCUCAGCAUCCACACUGUUCCCCCGGAAUUCAAGAAGGAAGGCAACGACUGGUGCGCGGUGUACAACCCCAAGGUAAAGAAAGCGCUCGACGUCAAUCUCCUCCAUACCUUCAACCACAGCUCGGUCGUAUGUUGUGUGCAGUUCUCCGCUGAUGGACGGCUCGUCGCGACGGGGUGCAACCGAACCGCACAGAUAUUCGAUGUCCAUACGGGGAAGAAGCUCUGCGUGGUGGAGGACGAAACUGCCCCUCCGCUAGGCGACCUCUACAUCCGGAGCGUAAGAUUCAGCCCAGAUGGCAAGCUACUAGCAACUGGAGCAGAAGAUCGCAAGAUCAGGGUGUGGGACAUCGAAACACGCCGAAUUCUGCACGUCUUCGACGGACACCAGCAGGAGAUCUACUCGCUUGACUUUUCACGCGACGGCCGGUAUAUCGUCUCGGGGUCAGGCGACAAGACGAUGCGUAUCUGGAGUAUUGGGACGCAGAGCUGUCGGACGCUCACCAUCAGCGAGGCGGAUGCACUCAACGAGGACGCGGGGGUCACCUCCGUCGCUAUCUCUCCCGACGGGCGCCUCGUCGCUGCUGGAAGUCUGGACGCCGUCGUCCGCGUGUGGGAUAUCGUCACUGGGGCUUUGUUGGAGAGACUGAAGGGCCACGAGGACAGUGUGUACAGCGUCGCGUUCACCCCGGAUGGGAAGGGUAUCCUGAGUGGGAGCUUGGACAAGACGCUGCGAUUUUGGGACGUGUCAGGCGUUGUGUCGAAGAUCGUCAAGCAGGACCCAGCGAGCAGUCGCGGACCGACGCCUGCGCCUCCCCCCAUUAAUAUGGCGGACGUACCCACCAACUCUCCCUUGCUCACUUUUGUCGGUCACAAGUCCGACCGCCAUUAG